AUGUUGGCAGGAUCCGACGACUACAUCAUGACUGUUACCUUUCUCAUCUACACCACCCUCCUCAUCCUCAUCCGCGUCUCCGCCAAAUACGCAACCAACCUCUUCCCAGCCUCCGAACUCGAGUCCAUCCUCUCCGACCCUCACGACGUCGCAAACCGAGUCUACGGCUCGAAAAUCGUCAUCGGCCUCGAACAAUGCAUGCUACUGUCCACCUGGGGCGUCAAGACCUGCCUGGUGACCAUGUACUGGAAACUCACGCACCGGUUGCCCUGGCAUCUAUUCGUACAGAUCCUGGCAGGAUAUGUCGCUCUGGGCUUUGUGGUUAUCGAAAUCACUUACUUCGCCGUGUACUGCCGGCCAUUCUCGCAGUACUGGGCCGUUCCUGUCUCCAAUCCGCAGUGCGCCACCUACCAGCACUACAGCAUCACGCAGGCGGUCUUCAAUCUCUCCAGCGACGCCUUCAUGCUGAUCAUCCCGAUCCCAUUGCUCAAAGGAACGCAGAUGCCGAUGAAGAAGAAGGUCCUGCUGAUCAGCGUGCUGGGGCUGGGCGUGUUUGUGAUGGUCGCCGCAAUCCUGAACAAGUACUUUAACUUCGCCAGCCCAGAUACGACCAUCUACCAGCUCUGGUAUAUCCGCGAAGCAAGCACGGCAAUCUACGUCGCGAAUCUCAUGUGCUGGUGGCCGCUCCUCCGCAAGGUCUUUGGCAGCGCCCUGUCGCAGUACAGCAGCAACUACCGGGCCAACGGAUACGAGGGCCCGUCGCAGCGCUCAGCCUUGCAGUCGCAUUCACACUCGCAGCAUCACGGCUCUGUUAAUGCCAGUCGGGCGUCAGCAAUCUUCACUGGCAAAGUCCGCGUGAAAGCGACCGAAUCCAGACGAGGGCGAUGGUGGAGGUCGGAGCCCACUGCCACAACCAAAGGCCUCAAAACCUCAGCCAGUCAAGAAGCGAUCAACACGGCGGAUCGGGUGGACUCGCCGGCUGAUAGACACGAAGGCGACGUGCCGCUGGAGAUAUGGCGCAAGGUGGAGUACAAUGUGGAACAGACGGCGCCAGGGCCAGGGCCAGGGCCAGGCAGUGCAGGGCCUUGA